AUGCGUAUACGGGCUCUCGUAGUUGAUAUUUUAUUUCAUCUCCCCCUCCUGCCCGGCUUUGAUAAACUUAUUUCUUUCUUUUCUUUCUUUCCUUUUUCUUUCUUCUUUUUCUUCCUUUUCUUUCUUUACUUUUUCCUUUUCUUCAUUUUCUUUUUCUUUCUUUUCUUUCUUUACUUAUUCCUUUUCUUUCUUCCUUUCCUUUUUCUUCCUCCUUUUUUUCUUUCCUUUUUCCUUUUUCUUUCUUUUUCUUUCUUUCUUUCUUUUUUUUCUUUUUUUCUUUUUCUUUCCUUCUUUUUCCUUUUUCUUCAUUUCUUUUCUUUCCUCCUUUUUUUCUUUUCUUUCUUUUCUUUCUUUUCCUUUACUUUUUUUCCUUUUUCUUUUAUUUCUUUUUUUUCUUUCCUUUCUUUUCUUUCUUUUUCCUUUUCUCUUUUCAUUUCCUUUUUUUUUUCCCUUUCUUUCUUUUCUUCUUUUUCUUUUUCUUUCCUCCUUUUCUUUCUUUCUUUUUUCUUUUCCCUUUUCUUUUUUUUUUCUUUUCUUUCUUUCUUUUCUUUUUUACUUUUUUCUUUUCUUUCUUCUUUUCCUUUUUCUUUCCUCUUUUCUUUUUUCUUUUUUCUUUCCUUUCUUUUGCUCCUUUUCUUUCUUUUCCUUUUCUUUCUUUUCUUUUCUUUUUUUUUCCGUUUUUUUUCCGUUUCUUUCUUUCUUUCUUUUUUUUUCCUUUUCUUUCUUUCUUUCUUUCUUUCUUUCUUUUUUACUUUUUCCUUUUCUUUCUUCCUUUCCUUUUUCUUUCCUCUUUUUCUUUGUUUCUUUUUUCUUUCCUUACUUUUUGCUUUCUUCAUUUUCUUUUUCUUUCCUCCUUUUCUUUCUUUUCUUUUCUUUCUUAAGUUUUUCCUUUUCUUUCUUCCUUUCCUUUUUCCUCCUUUUCUUUCCUCCUUUUCUUUUUCCUUUUCUUUCUUCCUUUCCUUUUUCUUUCCUCUUUUUCUUUCUUUCUUUCUUUCUUUCUUUCUUUCUUUCUUUCUUUCUUUCUUUACUUUUUCUUUUUCUUUUAUCAUUUCUUUUUUCCUCCUUUUCUUUCUUUAUUUCUUUUUUCUUUCUUUUUUCUUUCUUUACUUUUUCCUUUUCUUUCUUCCUUUCCUUUUCCUUUCCUCCUUUUCUUUCUUUUCUUUCUUUACUUUUUCCUUUUCUUUCUUUCUUUCCUUUUUCUUUCCUCUUUUUCUUUCUUUCUUUCUUUCUUCCGCUUCUUAA